GUCACUAAUUAGCUCUAUCUAAUCAUUUGGGUAUAACUAGUGCUUUCAGAUGGUUCGUGCUGGCCUCUUAAUUUAACACAACCCCGCUUAGACCCAUUUUCUCAAAUCCUGCAUCGUCGGUGGACGCGGGUCUAAACGAGGCUGUUUUUUAUUAACGUCUUGACUAAAGACUAUAUUUUAAUAUUAGAUGACGUCCUUGCUCACAGACAUUUCGUUUAAGUUCAAGGGCAAAUAUCACGGUUGUUUGACGCGCGGGCGCUGAAAACAAACCACUGAAGGUCAUCCACACACUCCUCACUGUGACAGUCGCCAGACGAGCUUCAGGUUCCUACGUCGGAGUCAGAUGCUGCUCACAGAUGGAGUCCUGCGACCUGCAGUGGGACGAUGACAUGUUAUGAAUCAAACACCCAGCGGGGAGUCUCAAAUAAAACAGCCGUUAGUCUAUGCAAAAUACGUCGUCCAGCGUUUUGUUAUUUGGAAGACUGUGGUUGCGUGGGGUUCUGGAGGAGGGAUGCCAGUGGAGAGCGGGAGCAGCGCGGCCUCUCGCCAGGCCAAGCAGAAGAGGAAGUCCCACAGCUUGUCCAUCCGCAGGACCAACAGCACGGAGCAGGAACGCUCUGGGCUGCAGAGAGACAUGAUCGAGGCUCAGGAUUCCAAACUGCCUUUGUCUCUGAGGAGCAACCUGCUGGACCUGUUCAGUCAGAUCGAGAGGGAAUUUGAAAACCUCUACAUAGAAAACCUGGAAUUACGCAGAGAAAUUGAAACGCUCAACGAUCGCUUGGCUGCAGAGGGACAGACUGUGGAAGGAGCAGAUUUGGCCAAAGGAGCUCUCAAAACGAAAGCGAGUCACAGCACCAGCCAGCUGUCACAGAAGCUGAAGACCACCUACAAGGCUUCCACAAGCAAGAUUGUGUCCAGUUUCAAAGCGACCACGUCCAGAGCGGUGUGUCAGCUGGUCCGGGAGUAUGUGGGCCACCGAGACGGCAUCUGGGACCUCAGCGCCACCAGGAGCCAGCCGGUGGUGCUGGGAACGGCGUCUGCAGACCACACUGCCAUGCUGUGGAGCAUCGAGACUGGAAAGUGCCUCCUCAAAUAUACGGGACAUCAGGGAUCAGUCAACUCCAUCAAGUUCCAUCCCACUGACCAGAUGGCUCUGACAGCCUCUGGAGACCAGACGGCUCACAUCUGGAGGUACAUGGUGCAGCUGCCGACGCCUCAGCCUGUCGCUGACGUCAGUCAGCAGCCGGCCUGUGAAGACGACGUGGACUUCUCUGACAAAGACGAGGCAGACGGUGAGCUGGAGGGUCCCAACGACUGUCCGUGUGUCCGUCUGCCCGUUACCACGCUGCGCAGCCACCAGGGUGUGGUGAUCGCCGCGGACUGGCUGGUGGGGGGCAAGCAGGUGGUGACGGCCUCCUGGGACCGGGCUGCCAACCUGUACGACGUGGAGACGUCAGAGCUGGUCCACUCGCUGACGGGCCAUGACCAGGAGCUCACCCACUGCUGCACUCACCCCACCCAGCGCCUGGUGGUCACCUCCUCCAGAGACACCACCUUCAGACUGUGGGACUUCAGAGACCCGUCCAUCCACUCCGUCAACGUGUUCCAGGGACACACCGACACGGUGACGUCUGCCGUCUUCACGGUGGGAGACAACGUGGUGUCUGGGAGCGACGACCGCACCGUCAAAGUGUGGGACCUGAAGAACAUGAGGUCGCCCAUAGCAACCAUCCGCACAGACUCUGCUGUCAACAGGAUCAGCGUGUCUGUGAACCAGAAGAUCAUCGCUCUUCCUCACGACAAUCGUCAGGUCCGGCUGUUCGACAUGUCUGGGGUGCGACUGGCCCGGCUCCCACGAAGCAACAGGCAGGGUCACCGGCGCAUGGUUUGCUGCUCCGCCUGGUGUGAAGACAACACCUCCUGCAACCUGUUCACCUGCGGCUUCGACCGGCAGGCCAUCGGCUGGAACAUCAACAUCCCCGCUCUGCUGCAGGAGAAAUGAGCCUACAGGAGCUCAGGGCUUCACACUGGUUCUGUCUGUCUCUACAUCUCAAACAGAGAUGUGGCUUCUUUAAAAUGAUCAAACCCAAGCGUAAAAAGCUGGAGGCAGAACGGCUGGCGUGAGGCGCUGCAGGUUCCUGCUCCAUGCUCAUGUAGGUGCACAAUCUGCCAUUUACCUUCUGCUUCUCCCAACACACUCAUUCCUCCACUUCUGGUUCCUGGUCUCUGUAAAACAAUCCAGGAGAAACCAUUUUGUGGAACUAAAUCUUGUUUUAAUGUUACGUUUAAUCAGGUAGACGUCGUCUUUGAUUCAAGCGUCGCUCUUUGAGUGGUUUUCAUUCCACAAGGUUUGUUUGGCACCUGAUCAGCUGAUCAUUAGUCCCACGUCUCUGGAGCCUCGCUCAUUAAUCAUUAAUAAACAUCGAUCAGCUGUGUAAAGUAAUUGACUUGUGCUGCAUUCAGGGACAGUACAGACUGUAGGCCAUUCGUGUUUUAGAACCUAGUCAGAGCUAACGAACGUGAGCCCAGACGUUCAUUCUGUUAUUGUCAGAUGACCAACGAUCGUAUUGUGGAAUGAAACCUUUUCAGUGUCUGAGCUAAAAACACACCUCGUUAAAAUGGAACCAACAGCUGUUACAUCGUUUGUUUUUGCCUUUAUGUAAAUAGUCUGAGCAGAGAAAUUAGAUGCCGGUAGGAUUUCAUGGAGCUGCGUCUCCUGUGCAGCGGUUCCAGCUGUCAGGAACAUGUCUGUUAUUCCUUGGUCAUUGUUCUAUGCGUUGCAGUGCAUUCUGGGUAAAGGUUCACGUGGCUCAAAUUUAAAAUCAGUAGUUGUCAUACAACAUAGAUCAUUUCUUGCCACAUGAUUUUACCCACAAUGCGCUGUGGCUCUAGUAACAGUGGUUCCAUGAACUGAGGUUUAUUAAUAUUUAGUGUCUUAGCAUAACGUCUGCUUCAUGUCAAUCAGUGUUGUUGCUAGGAUACAAAGCGUGACUGUUGAUGGCUGUGUAGCUGCUGCAUGAGCACAGUCCUGUACAAAACGGUUGUAGGUGUAGCUUUAGUUACGUCUCAGAACCUGACGGGUUGGAGGAAGGUGUGACGAGGCCGUCAGCCGCUCUCCUGUGACCUUUGACCUGUGAGGUGGAUGAGGUCAACGUCUUCACCGUUUAAGCCGCGGCCCCCUUCAGAGAUGUGGCUCCAUGUGAGGUGUCCAUGAAACCGUAAUGUAAAACCACAAUAAACCUGUGCUGUUCCCACGUG